UUCAAAAAGUCAUCUUCAUACCUCACUGAUCAGAGAAAAAAGGGUUUCUUAUGGGGGAUGAAGAUGGAUCAUCUCGGCCAUCCUUAGGGUUCCCUCUAGGUCUAGCUCUUCUAUUGCUCGUAUUGGUCUGCAUGAGUGGCUUCUUCUCCUGCUGCUUCUAUUGGGACAAGCUUAGAUCUCUCUUGCAACUUCCUGCUGAUGAAACAAACGAAACCGAAUCCGAAACCGCUCAAUAUUCAUCUCCAAAAACAACCAUGAAGCCAGAGAAGAAUCAUGACGAGAGCUUCACGGUAUUGAUGCCUGGAGAUCAUGUACCCAAGUUUGUAGCAUUGCCUAGCCCACGUGAACCCCAACACUUGGAAGAAAUCGUAGUGAAGAAAAUCUGAAGCUCUCAAGUAAAUUUUUUUUUUUUGGGGUCCAAAUUAGCACCCAGGUCAUGUUCAGUGUAUAUAUACCAUUGAAAUAGUGAAUUAUUCUGCAAUUUUUCGAGGAAUUGGUUUUCGGGCUUGUGCCAUAAAAUCCAUUCUUUUUC